GCUGGGGAGCCUGUGGCGUACGCGGCGAGGGAGCGGGGGCCGGGAGGUGCCUUCUGGCUCCGGCUGGGGCCGGCGAGAGCGCGAACGAGCGACGGCGGAAACCGCGGGCUUGUGGACGGCGGCAUCAGCGGCUAGUAGGAUGCUUCAUUAAAUGUGUUUCCUUUUCCUGAAUGAAAAGAAAUUGGAAGAAGAGAAUCAACUAUUUUGUGCAGGAAGAAGAAAUAGAAUUUCUCUACAGUGAGAACACGGUUAGAAAAAGCCCUAACAUUACAGACCAGUGGGAUCUUGUCCUUCAUGCAGUCUCUCAUUGGCUUCUUUCAGACUGAAAUGGCAGCUCAUAGGCGUUACACUGGGGUGCCUCGCUUUGUGGAGUUUGUACAUAUUCUCGCCAAUUGGUACAUUAGAAUGAACCGCAGAAGAUAAAAGGCUCCCUACGUGCCUUUUCUCACUGAAUUAUGUACCAGAAUCUAAAGGUGCUUAUUGACCCUGUUUCUUUUCAAGACAAAGACACUCUCAGCAUCCACUACCUCAUGCUGCCCCGUGGUUAUUCAUCAAGAUCCAGAAGCUCUUAGAGAUAUCACAUCUUUGGAGAAGUCUGUCAUUGAGUAUAGGAAUUGAAUGUUCAAAAAGUACACUGUCUGCAGAUAAAAACAAGAACGGCAUUCAGCUAAGGGCAGAACCAGAUCACAUGGUCCUGGGGAAGCGUCUGAAGGGAGCCUUUAAGACAGUGAUGAUGACGUCCAUCAAGCAGCUGAGCAGUGAGGAGCUGGAGCAGUUCCUAAAGACUGGACGAAAUCUCACUCUGUCACCCAGCCUGGAGUACAGUGGCACAGUCUUGGCUCACUGCAACCUCUGCCUCCCAGAUUCAAGCGAUUUUCCUGCCUCAGCCUCCCGAGUAGCUGGAAUUACAGGCAUGUGCCACCACACCUAGCUAAUUUUUGUAUUUUCAGUGAAGAUGGGAUUUUGCCAUGUAGACCAGGCUGGUCUCCAACUCCUGAUGUUAGGGGAUCUGUCUGCCUCAGCCUCCCAAAGUGCUGGGAUUACAGGGACCAUUGUUGUGGAAGGCCAUGAAUUACAUGAUGAAGACAUCCGUCUCAUGUACACCUUUGAUCAGGCCACAGUGCCAUCUGGUCCAACUGAUGAAAUCAUAGUGAAGAUAUCUGAAUAAUGUUUUGAAAGCCACACAGAGUACAUAUUUGCCACCAUAAAGGCUUCCUCAAAACAAUAUCCAGCUCCUCCAUCAGAUAAAAUCCUUAUUCAAGAAAAAACACAGAGCAAGACAAGAAGGGGCUGACCAUGGCUGUUUAUCUUUUCAGUGAGUUGAAGGGAUCUGAACUGGAAAUUACACUUACCAGAGGAUCUUCCCUUCCUGGUUCUGCUUGUGUGUACAUCAAUCUUAACAUUUGUGUAAAUGGCAAUGAACAAGCCAGACCUGGAAGACUUCCUACAAGGCCACUUCCUGUGGUUGAGAGAAGAGACCCUGUGGGCCUAAGCUGCGCAUGAGCAUCUAGCCACUGGUGCAGCAAGUUCCUCGUUCCUUGAGCAAAUGCCCCAGCCUAGUCUCAUACCUGCCAUUUCUGCUCAGGAGUUGGAGUCCGUCCUGUAUCACAGCCAUUACCAGUCAUCUACAUGAACCUGCAUCCCCAGGCAACAUGUAGUGUUCUCUAAAUGAGAUUGUACUGCGCGUGUUCUGUGCAUCUUGCUUGUUUCCACAUCUGUUCCUGAGUCAUAUAACAUCUGACUAAAUACAAAACCAAACCGAGUCACUGGGUCUUAGUGGAAAAGCACUUUGUGUGACUGCAGGAUCGGCUCCCUCUCCGAUCAACAGUUCCAGUACUCUUUGUCAGUAUGUCAACCUGCAGCUCCUGAAUGCAGAGCCACAAGAGUGUUUAAUGGGGACAGUAGGUACUCUCCUGCUUGAAAACCCACUUGGGCAGAAUGGACUUAACCACCAAGGUCUUCUAUAUGAAGCAGCCAAUGUGUUUGGCCUUCAGAGCAGGAAGCUAAAGCUAUUUCUGAAUGAAACCCAAAUGCAAGACCUAGAAAAUAGCUGUUCUUCAAAGUAUAGAGAAGCAUAUUUUGAAACCACGUGUCUGGGAUACCGAGUUGGCACAGCUUCUAGUCCUUUUUUGUAGACACAGGAAAUACCUGUUUAUGAGGAAAAAUAACCAUCUUGGUAGUAUCCGGAGUUAGCCAAACUGUGAAGUGAUGGCAUAGUCCUCCAGAAGUCUCCAGGAGUCUGUCCAAAAUCUAACUCCACCUGCAAGGAGUUAGGCCUCUACUAUGAACUCAGGAAAGAGUCCACACAAGACCCCCAUCACUGCUGGCACGAACUGCAAGUUCCAGGUGUUUUCCUAGACCACCGUUAGGUUCAGUAACCUGCUGAGAGGACUGACUCACUGAAAGAUGGAGUUUCGAUCUUGUUACCCAGGCUGGAGUGCAAUGGCGCGAUCUCAGCUCACCGCAGCCUCCGCCUCCUGAGUUCAAGCAAUUCUCCUGCCUCAGCCUCCUGAGUAGCUGGGACUGCAGGCGUGCGCCACCAUGCCCAGCUAAUUUUUGUAUUUUUUAGUAGAGCUGGGGUUUCACCAUGUUGACCAGGAUGGUCUCGAUCUCUUGACCUCGUGAUCAACCCAUCUCUGCCUCCCAAAGUGCUGGGAUUAAAGGCAUGAGCCACCGCGCCGGCCCUCAACUAUUUCUUUUCAUUCUAGAAAUUACAGAGGACAUCCCCAUGAAGACUUUGAAUAUGAAGACUGUGUAUGUUUCUGUAUUACCAACAAUAGCAGACUUCUAGCAUGCACUUAUCAAUGUUGUUCAGUCAGCCUUUCCCUGACUUACAUCCAUCCCCUGUAUAUAAUGUGCACAUAGACACACUCACGUGAACACACUGAAGAUUUUUUUUUCAGGUACCUGUACAAUAUGCUGCUUGGAUUGAAAUUCAAAUGAAAUUGAUCAGUCAAGUAACUUGAGGCCUCACAAUAAUCUUCACACUUAAGCUUAGACACCUAUGCAGUCAUGUUAGGAGGAGGUUACAGUGUUACUUCAGCACCACAGUUUAUUUCUAUACUUAAGUACAGAAGGUAGAAGCAAUUUAAAUGGUAUAGCAUAUAUAUCAUUUUCCGGCCUUUUAAAAUUUGAGUGGAGCAGCUGCGGCACCAGCAGCAGCAGUGAUGGUGGCAGCAGCAGAGCUGAGGAGGGCUGACGCUAGCACUGGAGAGCGGUGGAGCGACCCAGGGCUGGGCUGCCACCACAGCUCCGGCUGAGCCGCCCGCGCCCCUGCCCCCCAUGCAUGUCACCCCUUGCCUGCCACCCCUCAUGCACUGGGGGUGCUGCACGGGCACCGAGCCUUCAUGGGCUUUGUCGCUGCCGCUGGUGAGGGAGAUGUGGGGUUGGGGGCUGGAGGGCGCACAUGGUGCCCCCUCUUCCGCCACCUUUUCUGGCUCGGCAGGCCCCUUGGACACGGGCGGCCUGGCAGCAUUCGUGCUACCUGUGUAACCUGCCCCGCGUGAUCUGGGACUUCACCGAACCCGUGUGCCUUGGCUGCGUCAACUACGAAGGCGCCAACCGCGUUCAGUUUAUCAUUGAGACUGCGCAGCAGCCAGAGCGGGUGCACGGCUGGUUCCCGGAGGGUCACUCCCUGCCCAGCAUCACAGCCCUGACUGCCACCAAACCGCUGCUGCUCUUUGCCAAGGACACACUCCUGCAGCAGCAACAGCUCGGCCAGGGUGGCCCUGCGCGUGCCGCAGGCCCUGGAGCACUACCCUCUGGCGGCCCCUGCGCCUUGGCUCGGACUUCGGUGGCAGCCGUCCGGCAGCGAGCCUGGCCCAGCCACCAAUGCCGCAGCCGCAGACCGUGAACGGCAUCUUGGUGCCCAAUGGCUUCUCCAAGCUGGAGGAGCCGCCAGAGCCCAAACCCGUGGCGUGGCCACACGGUGCCGCCCACCCUGGUGCCUGGUGCCUGGUGCCCACCGCGCUCAGCCUCGGCAGCCGCACUACCAACUACUUAGCCACGGUGUCCGGAGCCUGACCCACCGACCUGGGUGCCCACAAGCGGUCGGCCUCCGUGACCAGCAGCGUGGCAGUGGACCACAAGGAGUACGAGGUGGCAGCCAAAGCAAAGCAACCGCCGCCACCGGCCCACCAGGGCCCAGCCAACAGCUUGUCCACCGUGGCUGGCGCCGCCGAGCUGAGCGCUGAAGGUGCGGGCAAGAGCCGUGACUCUGGAGAGCAGGCCUGGGUCAACAGGCCCAAGACCAUGCGUGCCACGCUGUUGGCGCUGCACCAGCACGGCCACUCGGGCCCCUUCGAGAGCAAGUUUAAGAAGGAGCCGGCCCUGACUGCAGGCAGGCUGUUGGGUUUCCAGGCCAACUGGUCUAAAGCAGUUGCAAGAACAGCAAGGAAAAGGAAGCCCUCUCCAGAACCAGAAGGUGAAGUCGGCCCCCUCAAAUCAAUGGAGAGGCCCAGCCGUGGCUGUCCACAUCCACAGAAGGGCUCAAGAUCCCCAUGACUCCUACAUCUUCUGUGUCUCCACUGCCACCCACUGCCUCACCUCAUUCCAACCAGACUACACUGCCUGAAGCGGCCCAGAAUGGCCAGUCCCCCAUGGCAGCCCUGAUCUUAGUAGCAGACAAUGCAGCGGGCAGUCGUGUCUCAAAAGAUGCCAAGCAGCUUCACUCCACUACCAGAAGGAAUAGCAACAGUCCGCCCUCUCCGUCCUCUAUGAACCAAAGAAGGCUGGGCCCCAGAGAGGUGGAGGGCCCAGGGAGCAGGCAACGCAGGAGGACUGGAGCCAGUGCACGCUGCCAGCCUCCCGGACUCCUCUCUGAUAGCCGGUGCCCCCCUGUGCUGCACCCUCUGCCACUAGUGGCUGGAGGACACCCAUUUUGUGCGGUGCCCGUCUGUCCCAUCGCACAAGUUCAGCUUCCCUUGCUCCAGACAAAGCAUCAAACAGCAGGGAGCUAGUGGAGAGGUCUAUUGUCCCAGUGGGGAAAAAUGCCCUCUUAUGGACUCCAAUGUCCUCUGGGUCUUUAUGCAAGGGGAAAUUGCAACCAUCCUUGCUGGAGAUGUGAAAGUGAAAAAAGAGAGACUCUGAGUGCUGAAUACGGAUGGUACAAUGACAGUAACAGCCGCGUGAUGCUGCCAGGACUGCCCUUGAGCAUAUCAGUGACAGCCCAAAUGUCAAAAUCCAGUUCUGAUGGUGCCUCUUUAGCAGGUGAUAAGAACGACUGUAAAACAGAAAGCAAAAAUGACCCUAAGACUGAAAGGAAAAAGUCUUCCUCUUCCAGCCAGUACAAGGCCAAUAUGCACUUUCACAAGUUGUUUCUUAAUGUUCCAACGGAGGAACCACUGAGGCAAAGCUUUACCUGUGCACUACAGAAAGAAAUACUAUACCAAGGAAAGCUCUUUGUAUCAGAAAACUGGAUUUGUUUUCAUUCCAAGGUCUUUGGAAAAGACACAAAGAUCUCUAUUCCAGCUUUCUCAGUAACGCUAAUAAAGAAAACCAAAACUGCUCUUCUAGUGCCAAAUGCCCUGAUCAUAGCAACGGUCACAGACAGGUACAUAUUUGUCUCUUUGCUCUCCAGAGAUUCAACUUACAAACUACUAAGAUCUGUGUGUUGCCACUUAGAAAAUACAAGUGUUGGUAAUAGUCCCAAUCCAUCUUCUACUGAAAACAGUUUCUGAGAAGACCGCCCUUCAUCUCUGCCUCUGGAUUUCAAGGAUGAAUUCUCAGAUCUGGAUGGAGUGGUUGAACAAAGAAUGCAAGACAUGGAAGGAUACAGCAGUUCCGGUUCUCAGACUCCUGAAUCUGAGAACUCUCAAGAUUUCCAUGUGACAGAAUUCCAAACAGUUCUGAAUGUCUCCAAGGGAGAAGCAAAGCCAACUCGGGCAGAUGCCCACGUGAACAGAGUACCCGAAGGAAAAGCCAAGAGUCUCCCUGCACACGGUCAGUCCGAAACUGUUGGAAUCUUACACAAAGUCAAGUCUCAGAAGUGUCUGAUGCUUCACCAUAUUCCUAUAUUCUACGCAAUUGUUGUCUGUGCACUCAUCAUCUCGACCUUCUAUAUGAGAUAUAGAAUUAAUACCCUGGAGGAGCGGUUGGGGCUGCUAAUCUCCAUUGUGGACACCCAUAAUACUGCACAGACAGCACCAUCCGGCCUGAGGUCACAAGUACAAUUCAGUGUGGAGGUUCUCUGUCAAGAGCUUACAGCUAACAUAGUGAAAUUAGAAAAGAUACAGAAUAACUUACAGAAGCUGCUUGAGAAUGGUGACUGACCAGAUUGCUUGAGCCAUCAGUAUACCUCAUGUUUCCCUUUGAAGAAAGUGCAUCCCGAGGCGUUUUGUUUGAGCGCGCUCUGCUGGUCAGAGGCGCAAAUGGAUGAGAAUCCAGACAUUGCAUGUGGAGGUCUCCAGCUCAGAAAAUGGGGGAGGGAAAUAAUUUUGGUUCUUGUGCAAUAAAAGUUGACCUUGCCUCUCUGAGGAAGUUUUUGCUGCUGCUGCUGCUGCUGCCUGAAGAAAAUAGAUCCAUCUCUGGAGGUCUCAGGAAGCGCCCCCAACGGAUUCUCUGUUGGAUAAUUACCAUGAUGGCAUCAGCAAACACUCCACCCUGUGCCUUUUUAGUCCUUCCAACCCUCUUGCCUCACCCUUACAUCCCUCAUAACGACGUUCAAACUAAAGGAUACAUCGUAUAUCCACAAACUCAAUGUGGUCUUUUCAGGAAUUAGUCAUGAGUCUCAAAAAGGCAAUACAUGGCCCUAAAUGGACAGCUUUGCUUCAAACAAGUAACAUCUACAUUUUGUCUUUUCUUUCAGUUCUGCUGUUAUGUUCUGGUUUAAAUCACCUGUGUAUCUUAAUUUCUCAAUUCAAUUUUGGUAAGAAUAUCAAGCAAGGUGGAUUAAACAUUCUGUUUAUGUUUUGCUUUCUUGCUGUAACUAAUAGUUAAUUGGACUGAUUCUUGCCCAGUCCUGUUCAAGAAUCUGUGAGGCAUGUGACUGAAGUACUAAAUUAAACUUAUUUUUGAAACCAAACCUAAUUUUUGAGCCAAAAGAUAUCAUAGUGAUUUAAUGCAGGAUAAAAAACACUGAAUUUUUAAGAUUGUAAGUGGAUUAUGUUAGUAGUUUUGAAACAGGAUGUCUGUAUUCAGCAUUCAGUAAUGCUAAAAUCUAUUUCAGCAUGAGAUUUGUAUGUUUUUCUCCUUUGCUGACUAAAAUAAAAUAACUGGUGGUUUGCUAUUUACUGUAUGGGUUGGCUGGUUUUUAUUAAUAAUUGUUUAGGGUAUUAUAAGAUCCUGUAAGUAUAAAGAAUAUUCUGUUUUUAUCUGCAAUAGAUUUGAUAACCAUUUCUAUGAAAUGUAUUUUACUUAAUCAGAUAAGCUAAUAAGUGAAUUGGUUACAUGGUUUGUAUCUGUUACCCUAGUGGACAGCUGUGCCUGGUGCACCUCUGGCUUUGAAUAAAUACUCAUCGGUUGAAACACCCUG